AUGAGUGGCAUCUCAGAUCACGACUACCAAGUCCUGGUCAACGAGUUCAACGCCACUGACGAUAUCUCGCUGCUAGGUAGUCGGCUGGACCAGCUGUUUGAACAAGUGGCGGAUCGCUUUCCAGACAACACAGCCGUGAUUCACAACGAGAAUGAGGUGACCUUUAAACAACUCAAUAGCUCUGCAAAUAUCCUCGCGCGAUGUCUCGCAAAGCGAGGCCUACAACAGGGCGAUGUAGUCGGCCUAGCCGUCUCGCGCUCCAUCGACCUCAUUGCUGCCAUGCUGGCUGUGCUCAAGCUAGGCGCCGCCUAUGUUCCCAUCGACCCGUCAUUCCCCGCCGAGCGCAUCAACCAAAUGGUUGAAGAUGCCGGGCUCAGACUUAUUCUGCUCAGCGGCAGGCCAACCAAGGGCCUUGGGCGUUGGGCAGAUCUAUGCUUGAGCGUGUCCGAGGCAAGAGAUGGCUCAGUCACGGAUGGUACCAACCUCGAAACCGAAAUCCAAAAGCGGGACUUGGCAUAUGUAAUUUAUACAUCUGGCUCGACUGGGCGCCCCAAAGGCGUCGAGAUUAGCCACGGAGCCGCCGCCAACUUUCUGAGCUCGCUGCGCAAGCAUGAGCCUGGUUGCAGCGAGCGUGAUCGCCUUCUUGCCAUCACCACUAUAUCCUUUGACAUGUCGGCCCUGGAGCUAUUAUUGCCACUUGUGUCUGGGUCCGCAAUGGUUAUCGCGAAUACAAGUGCGGUCAAGGAUCCGCGCGAGCUUAUCAGCUUAAUGGCACGCCACAAGGUCACUAUUCUGCAAGCGACGCCCGCAACGUGGACGAUGCUUCUAGAGUCUGGCUGGAAGGGAAAUCCGCGACUAUCCAAAGUCAUUUGCGGCGGGGAGCCGCUCUCUCGCCAGCUUGCAGACCGCCUGCUCGACGCUGCCGAUUCCGUAUGGAAUGUAUAUGGACCGUCCGAGACGACCUACGGAAGCGUGGGCAGAGUCGGGCAGGGCGACAUCGUCGUCGGCAAUCCCGUCGCCAACGGUAGGAUAUAUGUCCUCGACGACAACAUGUCGCCCGUGCCUAUAGGAUCCGAGGGCGAAGUGUACAUUGGCGGCGGCAGCGUGUCCAACGGGUACCGGAACAAAGCUGAGCUCACACGCUCCCGGUUCCUCGUCAAUCCCUUUCAUGGCGGCGUAUUCUUCCGCACCGGCGACCUGGCUCGCUUCAUAGCGCCGGGAAAGCUCCAAGUCGUAGGCCGCAUAGAUGGGGUGGUCAAGAUCCGCGGCCACCGCAUCGACGUGGGCGACAUAGAGGCCGUCUUGGUCGAUCACGCCAAUGUGUCCGAGGCGGUGGUUGUCAGUCGCGAUGAUCGUCUGGUGGCGUAUUGUGUGCUUCAUGCGCCUUGUCACGAUGCAGCCUCCCUAGACGGCAUUCUACGCCCGUGGGUUGCCGAGCGCCUCCCGGCAUACAUGCUGCCGACGUUUUUUGUACAAAUGGAUGCGUUGCCGCUGUCUCCCAGCGAAAAGGUCAACAGGAAGGCGCUCCCUGAUCCGAUAGAGGCGAUGCAGCAUCAAACCAUGAUACAGCCAACCUCUGAGCUGGAGCAGCGGAUACAGGCUAUUUGGUCGGAUAUUCUUGGCCACGAUCGCUUUGGGACAGAAGACAACUUCUUUCGAAUCGGCGGGGAUUCUGUGCGCAUAAUUCGCAUGCAGGCGGCGUUGGAGAAGCAGCUGCACCGGCCGGUACCAACACCAAAAUUAUUUGAGCACUACACGAUCAAGACACUGGCUGCCUAUCUUGCCGGCGCUGGCAGAGAAAACAAUAACGAGUCACAAGCAGUCAGUCAGACGUUUGCUGGCAGUCAUGAGGACAUUGCCAUAGUCUCCAUGGCCUGCCGAUUACCCGGUGGUGUGGCUACGCCAGAGGCUCUCUGGCAGCUACUCCAAAGCGGCGGCGACACGAUUAUCGAUGUGCCCAAGGAUCGUUGGGAUGCAGAUAAACUAUAUAAUGUCGACGCUAACAUUGACGGCACGUCGUAUUGCCGCCGAGGCGGCUUCCUCGACGAAAUAUAUUCAUACGACGCGUCCUUCUUCGGCAUAUCGCCCCGCGAGGCACAGGCAAUGGACCCAACGCACAACCUCAUGAUGGAACUGUGCUGGGAAGGUUUUGAACGAGCCGGCUACACACGGGACCAGCUCAGCGGUAGCGCAACCGGAGUCUUCCUCGGCGUCAGCAACAACGCCACGACAAACGGUACACCGCCAGACCUCGAGGGAUACUCCAUCACAGGAAGCGCCAGCGCCACCAUGUGCGGCCGUCUGUCGUACACCCUCGGCCUCCGGGGGCCAUCUCUCGUUGUAGACACGGCGUGCUCAUCGUCCCUUGUCGCCACGCACCUGGCGUGCAACGCCUUGCGCCAAGGCGAGUGCAGCAUGGCCUUGGCCGGCGGCGUGAGCCUUCUCACCACCCCGGGCAUUCACAUUGAGUUUAGCAAACUCGGCGGGCUUUCGGCAGACGGUCGCUGCCGCGCCUUCUCCGAUGACACGGACGGCACGGGAUUCAGCGAGGGCGCGGCGAUUGUAGUUCUGAAGCGCCUGUCCGAUGCCCGCCGGGACGGCGAUGACAUCCACGCCGUGCUUCGUGGGACCGCCGUGAUGCACGGGGGCUCCAGCGCCGGUCUGACGGCUCCCAGUGGCCCUGGCCAGGUAGCUCUUCUUCGGAAUGCCUUGGCCCGGGCGGCACUGGAGCCAGGGGACAUUGACUACGUCGAGGCGCACGGCACGGCUACCAAGCUGGGCGACCCUAUUGAAGCGACUGCGCUGGCCGAGGUCUUUGGUACGGAGCGCUCCGGCUCGGAUCCUCUGAGAAUAGGCUCGGCCAAGUCCAACCUUGGGCAUACUCAAGCCGCGGCCGGGGUGGUCGGCUUAUUAAAGGUCGUCUUGUCCAUGAAACAUGACACCCUCCCGAGAACAUUGCAUGUGCGGGAGCCCAUGGCAGCAGUCGACUGGAAGCGCGCCAACAUGGAAUUGGUGCUGGCAAAUCGACCAUGGCUGCCAAAUAACAACCGACUACGCCGGGCGGGUGUGAGUGCGUUUGGUAUUGGUGGCACAAACGCCCACGUCAUUGUUGAAGAGUCGCCUACUCCCGCCGUAGAAGAGACUAGCAACAUUGCGCCGCCGUCGCUCCCGGCUACUAUCCCGUUUGUUUUGUCGGGGCAAGGUGAUUCCGCUCUCAGGGCACAGGCGGAGAGGCUCCGACUGCACAUCGAGAGCGGCGCCGGAAAGGACAGCCGCCUGCGUGAUGUGGCCUACUCGCUUGCCACAUGCCGCUCACACCUUCACCGGCGAUUGGUAGUGAUGGCUGGAGACAAGGCAGAGACUCUGGAGAAACUUGCAUCUGUAAGCUCAGGUCCUACCCAACCCCUGAGUGUGAACGAGGUCGGGAGUCCAACAGUAGCAAUGCUCUUCACGGGGCAAGGAAGUCAAUUGCCAGGAAUGGGCAAAGAUCUGUAUGCUGUCUAUCCCGUUUUUCGGGAUGCACUCGACGAAAUUGCCACAAAAUUCACAGAUUUGGAGCGGCCCCUUCUCGACAUCAUGUGGGCCGAAUCGGGAAGCGAGAAUGCUGCCCUGCUGAGCCGUACAGAUUUUGCCCAGCCCGCCCUGUUUGCCCUGGAAGUUUCCCUCUGGAAGCUGUGGCAGAGCUGGGGCGUGAAGCCCGACUUUUUGCUCGGCCACAGCGUGGGGGAGCUUGCCGCCGCUCAUGCAGCAGGAGUGUUGGACUUGUCGGAUGCUUGCCGGCUUGUCAUGAUGCGCGGUCGUCUGAUGCAGGCUAUCCCUCGCCAGGGCAAGAUGGCAUCAGUGGAAGCUAGCAGCGCCGAGGUCAGCGCCGCGAUUCAAGAACUAGGACAGCAUGACAAGGUGGAAAUCGCAGGCUACAACACGCCCUUGCAGACGGUUAUAUCAGGAGACGUGGAGGCUGUUGAGGCCAUCUUCGACCAUAUGCAAAGUUUAGGACGCAAGACAAAGCUGCUUGAUACGAGCCACGCCUUCCACUCGUUCCACAUGGACGGUAUGCUGGAUGACUUGAGGGCCUUGGCCCAAAAUAUCCGGUUCAGCCCACCCAAGAUGCGCAUAAUUAGCAGCAUGACUGGUCGAUUAGCCGGGUCAGAUGAGCUUGAACGGGCCGAGUAUUGGGUUCAGCAGGCUCGCAAUGCUGUCCGGUUCAGCGACGCCUUCCAAACGCUGGCCGGCCAGGGCGCAAAUGUCUUUCUGGAACUUGGACCCAGUGCAAUGCUUUGCGGCUUGGGCGCGGCAUGCCUCGCCGAUCCUGGUCAAGUCGGCGCUGCCCUCUGGCUGCCCUCUUUAAAGCCAAACGCGGAUGGGCCGUCGGUCAUCCAAAGCAGUCUCGGCGAGCUACACGUCCGACAUGUGCCGGUGGAUUGGGCUGCAUAUUUCAAGCCUUUUGGCUGCAAAAGAGUCAUGCUGCCCACAUAUGCCUUUCAGCGGGAGGAUUUCCGGCCCGCAAACAAAGCCAUUUGGUUUGAUGUCGUGUCACCCAGCACUGGGACCGAUGCCGCGCCGAGAGUGCAAGACAUGAUGUUUGAAAUCAACUGGCGUCGCGUCGAAACUAAAAGCAUCCAGCCCCGCGGUGCGUGGGGCCUUCUCUGCCCGUCGGGAGAGACUGCGUGGACAACAGAGGCACAAAGGGCCUUGUUAGCCACGGGUAUGCAGUUGGUGGCAGUGAGCGAGCCUCAUGAGGCCGACCAGCUCGACGGCUUGCUGACUCUGUGGGACUCUGACGCCGACACUGUCCAGAUGGCACACAGGGUCACUGCAGUAGCGCUGGCUCAGUUGCAAGAGGCGAUCCGAACUGGCCUUGGCGCGCCCAUAGUAUGGGUCACCCGGCAUGCCGUGGGUGCUGGAGCCGACGACCGGCCCGUCAAUAUCGGCGCCGGGCCGUUGUGGGGCCUCAUGCGCGCCGCUCGGAGUGAGCAUCCGGAGCUGCGGCUGCGAUUGAUCGACGUCGAUGAGGAGACGGACCGCGCCUCCCUCAGCCAAGCGCUGAUGCUGGCCGAUCAGACAGAGAUUGCUGUCCGCAGAGAACAGCUGCUAACGCCCCAUAUGGAGCGCGCUGGCCCGGCCGCACCAUUGCCAGUCGGACAACCAUUCGUUCGAACCGACGGCGCUGUGUUGGUCACGGGCGGCCUGGGUGAUCUCGGAAGCCGCGUAGCCCGUAGACUGGCCACCGCCCAUGGGGUUCGUGACCUUGUUCUGGUGUCGCGGCAGGGGACGAAUUCCCCCGGUGCCGACGCACUCGUCGCCGAGCUGGCUGAACUGGGUGCCACAGCCACCAUAGUUGGCUGCGACUUGGCAGACCUUGACAGUGUCGGAUCAGUUGUGCAGUUAUUUACACCGGAUCGGCCUUUACGCGGUGUAGUUCACGCUGCCGGGGUUGUUGACUCGGGCAUUCUGUCAUCCUUGACUGCUCGCAAGUGUGCCGCGGUUUUCGCGCCAAAAGUCGACGGCCUAUGGAAUCUGCACCAACUGACCAAGCACAUGGACUUAGACCUGUUCAUGAUGUUCUCCUCCAUAUCUGCUAUCAUCGGCCUACCGGGCCUAGGCAACUAUGCCGCCGCCAACUCCUUCAUCGACUCGCUCGCACACCUGCGACGAGCGCAGGGCCUGCCAGCCAGCUCUGUGGCCUACGGCACGUGGGCUGGAGACGGCAUGGCGACGACUCUCGUCCCAACUACCCGCGCCCAUCUCGCGCAGCUCGGACUGGGUUUCCUCCCGCCGGAAGCCGGAUUAGAGAUUUUCGAGCAAGCCGUGUAUCAAGGCCGCGCGCUGACGGUAGCGGCGGUCCUUGAUUUACAGCGUCUCGGGGCCUAUUACGAAGAGCAAGGCGGUGUCCCCCCCUUGUUGCACUCGAUGCUGGGCGGAACAAAGGUCCAGAAGCCGGCUGAUGAGGUCGUCAACUUGCGCGACUUGUUGGCAGACGCUUCUCCGGAAAAGUAUGGCAGCAUCGUGUUGCACAUGGUCCAAGAAACAAUUGCCAAGGCAUUAGGGUACACGAGGACCGAGGACGUCGACGCCAGUCGACCCAUGCACGAAUUGGGGAUUGACUCUCUGACAGCAAUUCUGACUCGCAACCAUCUGGCGACAUUAACGGGAAUGGCAUUGCCACCCAACAUUGCCCUGCUCUACCCCAAUCUCAAGUCGCUCAGCGAGUUCCUGUUGUGCCGGUUGCUGGACGAUGUCGAGGGCAGCACGUCCAGUCCAUCAGAUACCGAUGGCGCAACACCAAGCACGCCAACGUCGGCCGCUUCUUGCGUCGACAUGGCAGACAUCCGAAGGGGCGUUCUUGAUUCCACAUUCCAGUUCAACAACCCUGUUUCUCCUGGUGUCCCCGAGACCGUGUUCGUGACUGGCGCAACCGGCUUCGUCGGCGCCUUCAUGAUACACGAGUUUCUUCAAAGACGCAUAUCAGUGUACUGCCUCGUGCGUGCCAGCGGCUCUCAAGAGGCGCAGCAACGCAUGAUUGCCACGCUAAAGCAAUACGGCCUCUGGCGGCCCGAGUACGAGCCGCUGCUUGUCUCGGUGGCCGGCGAUCUCUCCCAGCCCCUACUGGGCCUCGGCGAGGUCGUCUUCGACGACUUGGCGAGCCGCGUCGACGCCAUUCUCCAUUCAGGCGCUCUUGUAGACUGGAUGCGCCCGCUGGACGACUACAUUGGCCCCAACGUCCUCGGCACGCACGAGGUCCUGCGUCUGGCGUCUUGCGGCCGUGCCAAGGCCAUCCAUUUCAUAUCCACCAUUUCCACGCUGCCCAUCCAUGCGGGCUACGGCCUUGCAGAGCACGACGGCGAGUACGGCUACGGCACGUCCAAGUACCUUGCUGAAAAAAUGGUUGUGGCCGCUCGUUUCCGCGGCGCAAAGGCAUCGUCCUAUCGGUUGCCGUUUGUGGCUGCCUCGGCUGCCAGUGGCCGCUUUAGACUUGAUCGUGGCGACUUUUUGAAUAAUCUCGUUACGGGAAGUCUGGACCUGGGCGCUUUUCCCUUGAUCAAUGCCGACUUGUCCUCUGUGCUGCCGGUCGACUAUCUGUGCGGGACGAUUGCUGCCAUCAUGACCGAGGACCAGGAGCGAGUAGGCGAGGACUAUGACUUUGUUAACCCGCAGGCACCUACAUUCAAGCACUUCUUUGAAAUGAUUUGCGCUGUAGGCGGUGGCAAAGAGACGGUUUCCUUUGGUGAGUGGCACCGCCGCGCGCUCGAGUAUGCGGCCGCCCACCCGACAAGUUCGCUGGCCCGUAUUGCUACUGUUCUUGAUGGCUACAAUGAUAAAACUGUAGGUAGCUUGGUGAGUGGGAGUCCGGUCGGUAAGCAUGUAUUAGGACUGGAUGCGUAUCGGGCCCCGCCGUUGGAUGAGGAAUACGUCCGCAGGUAUGUGCAUUGCAUUGAGGCGGCAAGGGCUAAAAUGCGUUCGUGA